GAAAAUGCUGUUCAAAAUCGUGCGCGGCGGAGUGUGUUGCUUCGACGACGCCGUCCGUUUUAUUCCGGCUCAUGGAAAAUCUUUUUUCCUUGUUUAUUCUUUUUAAACCAUGUGCAACGGAAUAAUAUAGCUUUUUAUCGAAUAGAAAUACAGGUGUCGGCAGACUCCAGCGUAAACUGUCUACCGACGCCAUGGAGGGUUCCAAAGUCGACGUGUACGUCAAGCGGACAGCUUCGGCAAACGAGACGCAGCUUUUAUUCCGAGAACUUGAGACACGUAUUAAGGAGCCACUAUGGCUUCAGGGCCGCACGCUGUGUGACCGGGUCAUCAGGGCCUGUAACCAUCAACUCGGUCUUGGAUCCCUGGACUUGGAGCACAUUAGCCAACUGGUAAAACUCGUGGAGCUGGCCCUCCGGGGCUACGAUCUGCCCGCUUUUACCCAAAACAGUCCGUUAUACAUGGAAAAGAUCCUUUUCCAUAUCAUUAAGAAGCUCAGCUCCCUGCAAGUCCACAGUCUGUGCAGCCAUGUUGCGGCGCUACUUCAUGCCAGGCUUGCCCCCAUGCAGCAGGUUGACGACUAUGACGUUGUGGUGCAGAGCUGCUUCUCAGUUCUCUGGAAUGGUCUGGAUGGUGCUGCCGUGGAACGGGGAAGCCUCGGCCUCAAAGAUAAACUCCACUGGCAGUUUCAAGCCCUCAGCUUCCUUCUGCUGUUGGACAAAGAAAGUCAUCCUGCGUCCAUUUCCAAGGCUCCUGUGUACGCCAAGCAUGCUGUCAGUGAAUUUACCAAAGGGUGCGAAGCAGCAAGUGAAGACAUGGUUCCAAUUCUUCUCCAAGAAAUGCAUGCACUUCUGACCCAAUGUGAUGGAUCCAAGCUUCAUACGCUGGUUGAAAUGGUGUUGGUUGUCAUGAGGACGCUAUGUAAAGGCGGCCGCUACAAGCCAGCCUUGGCAUUUCUCCAUCAAGUUAGGGACAAGAUGGGAUGUGUUGCAGACGGUCAUGCUGCGGCUCUGGAGCUGGGGAAAUGGGCGAUAAGAAUGAGCUCUAUGAAGAUGGUGGAUGCUGGAUGGCAGACGCUAGAUCAGGCUUUGAGAGAGUGUGCCAGGACCUUGAGGUCUCUUCCUCACCAUCUCGGUGACGGAGAAGCUCACUGUGUCCUGGAAGGAUGUGAAUUGGUGGCGUGGGUUAUGGAAAGCCAUCACAAGAAGGGAUUUAGUGGCCAUGUGCUGCUGGCCUGCUUUGCUUUUCUUGAGGAGCACCAAGACCUGAUGAUCAGGACUCUGCAGAAGAGCUCAGCCAUCCAAAGUGAGGGCAGCAGACUGCAGGAGGCCCUUUUCUCCAAUAUUCACCAGGGCUUCAUCCUGGCCUACAGGAGCCUAGUGGAGUCGCAGCUGGAGGACGGUGAUACGCUGGCCAGAGUGUUGCUCUACUGCCAAGCCACGGCCGGACGCAUGACCACCCAACUGUCAAACCAAACCCAUCAUGUCAAAGCAGCGAUUGCAGUCAGCAACCUAGCCAGUGGCUUGUACAACCUGCGUCUGUAUGAGCAGGCCUUCACUCUGGUUGAGAUCCUGUGUCACCAUCUGGGCAAGAACGGCCCCGCCGCACUCUCUGUUGACAGGCUGAGCCGACCCUUCAUGCUGGCCGUGCAGACGUCUCGGAAGGCAGGACGCCUGGAGAGGGCACUGGACUGGGUGGUCCUAUGGCUCAAGGCCCUGGGGGACAACAUGACUUUGCACAUGACGGAACCCAUCUCUCUGUGGGUGAAAGCCAAGAUGGAUGCAGCACGCACCUCUCAAGAGGACAUCCGACUCAGAACAAUACGUGAUGGUUUUGGUCUUGGUGCUCUGGAUGAAGGCGUGCUGCUGUGCCUUCUGGACGAGGAGUUGCGAGCCUACAAGGAGGAGGCGGGUGACACGUCUCAGGAGCGCUACAACACACUUUGCGACCUGCUUGACAUCUGUCACGAGGAGAGCCCACACACCCAUCUACGUGCCGUCUACCUGUGUGAAAUGGCCCAGGUUGUUUGUUUCCAGGAUUUCAGCGAGCAGACAGAUUGUACGGCUGUCGAUUUUACCCUUGAGGCUUUACGGCUCCUGGAAGAGGAAGCAGAGACGCCUGAGAAUGCUGAGCAACUGAAGGACGCCAAAGCCCAUGCUCUGCUUUGGCUCUAUAUUUGCACUCUUGAGAAAAAUCUUCAGGGGGCUAUUGACAGGGACAGGAAGUUUGAGGAGAUGAGUCAGCAGUCUCCAGUUAUACAAAACCCUAUUGGGACCAAUGACUUGGAUUAUGAAGACAAGCAGAAGAAUGAGGACAACAUCUUGGUGUACGACAAUCUGCACUUCAACUUGGCUGCACACAACAAAAUGUGCCAACCUUUGGAAAGAGCACUGAAUGAGUGGGCUGCUCUUCUCCAUGCUGGGAUGCUGCCCUCUGUGAGGAACCCAAAGCAGACCUGCAGCUCUAUUGUGAUGGCUGCAGCUCUCCUCACACUCAUGGGAAAGCCUCUAAAAGCUUUGGAAGCCUAUCAACUUGCUGUGAAACUUUCCUGCCAACUUGCCGACACCCAAGUAGGCGUGAGCGCCCUCUGUCAGUCAGCCAUCCUCCUCUUGGAAAUGGGCUCCACGGAAGUGGCUUUGGCCCAGAUCGAACAAGCAGAGAGAAUUGCUUCUGAUGCCAGCACUGAUGGACCUUCCACUGGUUCCCUGCUGCUCAUUUUACUGAGAGCUGAGUAUUAUUACAGGACAGGACAGGUGGAUCGUGGGGUGGCGUAUCUGUCUGUCGUGCUUAAAGAGGCCAACGAGCAGCGGCAUUGUCGAAGUUGGUAUUUACUGCGAGCUCAAGCCCUUCAGAUCUGCACCUCCUACCUGAGUUUGAACACAAGUUCACUGCCACCAGACCAACGGAGCUGCAUCACACAGCAUGGUUUGAAAAGCCCAGACGCUGCCUUAUAUGAAAGCCUCAAGCUGCUCAACAGCCUGCUGCACACUUUUGUGGGGAAAUGCUUAUAUGGACCCACUGGGAAUGGCUCAAAUGUGCGCUUCAUUGACAACGGAAAUAACCUUGUCUUUAAAUGGCGUCUGCUCUCCCAACUUUUGAACUGUGCAAAGAAAAUGGUUGGGCUGAGAGCCAGCUGUGGUGCUGUCAAUGAUGCCCGGCUCCAGUGUCAAGAAGCUCUCAAACUGGCCGUCAAGCUGCAAGCGCUCAGCCACUGUGCCGAGCUGUUGGUGAUGAAAGCCGACUUGGAACUGAUGCAGGGGGAGCGAGAAGAAAGUGGAUUUGAUUUAGACAAAGUCAGGAACCUUCUGGAAAGUUGCACAGAUUUUCCAGACACAGAAUGCAAGGCUGAGGUUAAACUCAUCAAAGCAAGGAAAUGUCGUCCAGUGCAGAAGGUUGCCUCUCCAUCGCCUGUGGUAAAAGAUGACCUGAAGGACAUCCUGAGUAUGAGGUGGACUCACAAAGACCCCGUAGUGUGGGACCAGGGUAGCUCUCCGCGUCUAAAAGUCGUACCUUUUCGUUGGCUGUCGUGCCUCACACACAAACCCGCCUGCCCCUGCUCCGGCUGCUCGGAGCCACUUCUGGGCCGGGUCACCGCCCUCUGGGCAGCUGUGCAGGCCGAUGCAGUUCUCCAACUGGAUCCUUCUGAUGCCAAAGUGGGCUUUAAACUGUACUGGGCCACAUUAGCUCGUUGUAAGACUAUCAGUGCCAAACUUGAGGCUAAAUUAGCUGAACUCUUCCCCGUGUCUGGUCCCGCAAAAAGCCCCCCUAAACCCUCUCUGAUGCAGGACGUGGUGGGCCGUGUCUACCUUCACAUGGCUUUUUCUGGCUUGGAACCCAGGCACACCAACUCCUCCAGUACAUGGAAAGUUCUGGAAACUGGUUUGGCAUUUGUUGACUGCGUGCCUUCUCCCGAAGUCAGAGCAUUGAGAGCUGGUCUGAUGGCAGCCAAAGCUGAGGUGUCGUUGAUCGCCAUGUCCGCCAAAAAGGACUGCAGACCAGAGGAGCUUUUCUCUAACGUGUGGACUUGGAAGGCACCAAAACAUUUCAAAGAGCUUAAAUCGGAAAAUCAAACCGCACUGAAGGAGCCCAAAAGUGUGAAGAAGGCCAAAAAUGCCAAGGUUGCUGAGCCAAAGAGCCAGCGAGCACAAACCACGGCUAAAGGGAAGGGUCUACUUCCCCUGACGCCAGCCAUAGUCCCCAUCACUCCAGUCACCAAGUUCUCUGCAAGGGAGCUUAGCGUGUUUGACUUCAACGUGGUACCCUCAUUGACCUUCACUCCUGUUCCCAAGGCCAAAGCCCCCACCUCGGCACGCAAGGCCCAGAGAACUGCCUGUAAGCUGCAGUUCCAAGUCUUUGACGAGUCCUUGCCAGCUCAAGACAAACCUCAAGCGGUGCCCGCUGCUCCACGACGCGCUAAGAAGUCUCGCUUCAAGGUGGAGUUCAGUGACGAGAGUGACACAGAGAACAAUGCUCGGCAAGAACCCACAGAGAGCCAGUCCACUAAGAGAGCCAGCACCAGACGAGCUGCUCUCACAAGUAAAGCUGCCUUGGCCGCCCCUGCUGAGAAGAGCCGACCCACCCGGCAAACGAGGAGCAAGAAGAGCACCGCUCUCCCUCAGGACACCUCCUCAGAAGAUGAAGGCUUGCUGCGUAAGCCUUCAUCUACCAGACGCGGACGAGCCAGAAAGGUGUCCAGCAAGGAGGCGCAGUGGGAGGAGGGGCCAGAGAAAAUGAGGGCCAUAGAGGAGGAGUCGAAUGGACUCGACUUGAGCCUUGACGAUUUAAGGACGUCAGACACCGAGACCGAAGACGUGGACUUGGAGGUGCUGCGGAGGGAUUUGUGUUGCCAUUUUGACACACAUGACUGGCAUGACCAGAGGAACGGGUGUCAAGCCAGAGGACCUCAAACUCAUCUUCCUCAUCUGGACGUUGAGCCAGACAAUCUCUCAUUGGAGGAUAUUCAGGCGUUACUCCGCUCAGCUUGGUUGAGCGUUCAGCACUUCCCCCCUCCUGGCAUUUUCCCAAACCUGUGUUCCUUCCUGGCACUAUCCACGGGACAGCAGGACCCCGUCACUACUGCCAUGCUCCAUUCCCAGUCCCUGGGCGUCAGCAGCCGGCAUCGCACCAUCAGGCAUUUGGCCAGCUGUGUCCAAAAGCUGAAAAAGGCAUCCUCUGAGCUAGCAGAUGAAAUGGGCCACCUCACUCUGGAUGAUUCCAGUCCUGCCGCCCCAACAGCACAAAGACUGACUCACCUGGAGAACAUCUUUUCUUUCCCCACGGCAGAUUCCUCAGCCUUCCCCCAAAGCCACUGCCAGCACUUUCGUCAACAACUUCAACACCUUCCUUCAGGUGUGACCGUGUGCCUGAUGUCCGUGGUCGGAGGAAGAUCUCAGGAAAUGGGCGAAAGCAUCCUCCUGUCACGUCUCCAGAAGGGAUCUGCUCCUGUCACUGUGCACAUUCCCACUUCCACAGAGCCGCACUCUAUCAGGUGGGCGCUCCAGGAGAUGGACAGUAUUUUGGUGGAACAGAAGGCUCUGAAUGGCGUGUCUGAUAAAGCUCAGUGGUGGGACGGCCGCAGGGUGCUUGACUCUCGAGUGGAGCAACUACUGAAAGAGAUGGAGCACUUACUAGGAUGCUGGAAGAGUCUUCUUCUGCCGUGUUCAUCGGAUCCCAAGCUCUCCACCCAGGCCAAGCGCCUUUGUAACAUGUUGCGCACAAAGGGAGUGAUGGCCAGCGAGGAGAUGUUAGAGGCUGUGCUGUGUGCCACCCCCGUGCUCUCCCAAAAAGACUUGCAGAGCUUUGCCCUGGGCGUUUGUCCCCAGUGGGAUGACGAGUGUGAGCAGCUUCUCCACGCUGCUGUUCUGCAGCUUGCAGGUCGAGAGGAGCCUUGUGGACACGUGGUUCUCAUUCUGGACAAGUACCUUCAGAAGUUGCCCUGGGAAAGCAUCUCCGUCUUGAGGUGUCGCUCUGUCAGCCGCAUGCCCUCUCUCCAGUCACUGGUUGCUUUGAGCGUUCAGAAAGAGAGUGAGCAUCAGUCUAUCCUGAAGCACGGCGUGGACACCACCAGCACAUUUUAUCUCCUGGACCCCGAUGGAAACUUGGGAAACACACAGCAGCAUUUCAAAGAGUUGUUUAGCAGUCAACCCAGCUGGGCCGGUGUGUGUGGACGUGCUCCCACAUCAGGCCAGUUGGAGGAAGCUGUGGCAACUAAGGAUCUGUACAUUUUCAUGGGUCACGGUGCAGGCGUACGCUUCCUCGACAGCCGGGCCCUCCUGAAGCGUCCCAUGAGAGCCGCCUCCCUGCUCAUCGGGUGUAGCAGCGCCGCUUUGACCGUGCGGGGGGAGCAGGAGGGACAAGGCAUCGUCCUCAAUUACCUCAUAGCUGGCUGCCCCUUUGUUUUGGGAAACCUGUGGGAUGUCACCGAUCGGGAUAUCGACCGCUUUGCUAAAGCCUUAUUGGAAUCCUGGUUGUCAUCUGAAUCUGGAAGUGCCUUGCUGGACUACAUGGGCCCUUCUCGACAGGCCACACACCUGAAACACCUGAUAGGUGCCGCGCCCGUUGUCUAUGGCCUACCGAUACAUCUGCAGUAGCCUUUUAUUAUUGUCUAGUACUGCCUUUUUUUAUCCGUAACAAAGGAAUGGUCAUUAAACUCUAUAGAGCGUUUUAUUGCACUUUUUAUUUGACCAAAGCUUGCUUGGUUUGUGCUACAGACGGUGUAGUGUAAUACUACACAACACAUAGUAUUUCAAUCCACAUUAUCACUUGAAUGUUUGGUUUUUGCUGUAUAUAUAUUACAGGUCACAUUGACUUGCAAUUUUACGUUUUUUCAGGAAAUAAAGCAACAUACAGAUUUCCAAUCAUUUUUACCCUUCAAUUGAGAACCCUUGAGUUUUGAGCUGUAGGUACCCAACGGUCCACAAGGCGGCGACCUCGCAUGUCUACGCUCAUUCAUGGAUUUGAACCGGAAGCAAACGACAGAGCGUCACACUCCCAACAUGGCGGUCAAUCUCACGGACCUGACUCUGCCUCAGCUAGAGGGUCUUAAAAGCCAAUUAGAUCAGGAGAUUGAGUUCCUCACAUCCUCGAUAGGUCAGCUCAAAGUCGUCCAGACCAAAUAUGUGGAAGCAAAAGAUAGUUUGAGUGCCCUCAACCAAAACAAUCAAG